UCUCUGUGGUGUGGAAGGAAGCAGACGGGAACUACCGACAGAAAAAACAUCAUCUGAUAAUCUAUGAACUCAAAUGCACAUUUAGAAAACUGGACAGUACUUUUACUUUGAGAGAUGCUUCAUCUGGUCUUUGUGGAUGUUUUCUCUGUGGCUGCAUGGCGCGUAUACGUCAUAAAGAAUAUUUUUGUCUGACGUUGAAAAAAAAAUCAAUAGUUUUAGGGGCGUUAUCUACAGAGUGUCUAUUUUUUGUCAAAUCAUGCCACGUUUGAGAUUACGCCUGUUUGGGGCUGAGCAAACGAUGAUAAUGAUGAUGAUUGUCCUAUUUAUCCGGCACACAGAGGUCUGAUCGGAAACUUGUUCCUAAGUUGGUUUGUAUUUGGACUUUUCUUGGCGUUCUGGUCCAAUAUGAAGAAUGGCAUCGGCUGUGUUUGAAGGGACGUCGCUGGUCAACAUGUUCGUCAGAGACUGCUGGGUGAACGGGAUCCGCAGACUGAUCAUCAGCCAGCGCGGGGAGGAAGAGGACUUCUUCGAGAUCAGGACCGAGUGGUCCGACAGGAACAUUCUCUAUCUGCAUCGCAGUUAUUCCGAUUUGGGACGGCUGUUUAAAAGACUUGUAGAGUCCUUUCCCGAGGACAGAGGGGAUCUGUCCAAAUGUCCACUGAUAGAAGCAUUGGUAAAAAUCAAGGAGGCAAAUGAUACUGAAGUCAAAUUAAAUGAAGUUGAAAGACUAUUGAAGAAUGCAAUCAACAUGCCAUACAAGUAUUCCAGGUCAGAGGUGAUGCUGACUUUCUUUGAGAGAUCACCACUGGACCAGGUGCUCAGAAAUGACAAAGUCCACAGAAUCCAGCCUUGUUUUCAGAGUCCAAUCAAGAUAUCAGAAAUCAUGCGGUCGAAUGGAUUCUGCCUCGCCAAUACAGAAACCAUUGUAUUUGAUCACAGUAUUCCUGAGGAAAAAGACAGACCCUCAUCCACAGAUUCUGGGGAACAUACCUAUGAGGACGGAACUGAGUUUUUGCAAAUGGAAAAUGAUCUGUGUGACGAGGAAACAGAGGCCUAUGUGACCAACCUCUCCUACUACCAUCUGGUUCCGUUUGAAACUGACAUCCUGGAAUGAAGAACCUACAAACCUGGUUUUAUUGGACAUCUGACAAGGAGGAUGCACUUUUCAAAUGGAACCUAGCGAUGCGCUCCCGGUACCUGCUCCACCUCCAUGCUGAAGCUGACUGUAGCAUUCUGCAGGUUUUCUUACAUUUGUCUCACCCAGUUUGGAUUUGGGCUCACGUAGAGUUUACAGCAAAAGGCUGGAAGAAAAGUUGCUGCUUUAUUUAACGUCACAACGUGCCUCGUCCGGAGCCAGCUGAGGACAGAGCGGUGAUGGAACUUGAUCUGUAACAGCCAUCUUGGAGUUCUCAGUUCAUAUGCAGCUGCAAACAGCUGGUGGCCUUCUAAACACGCAGUUACGCCAUAGCAGAAGAACUGAAAUACCAGAAGAAUUCACCAGUGGCUAAGUUGUGCUUGGAGGGUUUUAGAGGUUGAAACAAACCUCUAUUACUGGACCAUUCAUUGUUUCUUUUAAAUUACUUGUUAAGCAUUUAGGGUCAAGAGAUAAUGUUAUAUUUUUACUUAGUUUAAAGGGGUCAUAUGAUGCAACUUUCUAGCAAAUCAAUAUAGGUUAGCAAAUCUUUGGAAAUCCAAAUUUUUGCACUGGGAAGCAAAAAAUCCAUACAAACAGGUGAUUUCUUAAAAAUAAAAUGAAAGGCAUUAAAAGGGGGCACCACACAUCCCAAUAUAAUUCUACAAUUAAAUAGACGUAUGUCUGCAAUGGUGUUUUUGAUGAUGCAUGACUUCAUCGUGUGACUUCAUUAUGAGUCACAAACAUUCUGCUGAUCAAUAUAUGCUUCAUAGACUGGCAGCUGUUUUUAAUAAAAACCCUGGAAAAAGGUUUUCCUUCAACCCCACCACAUAUAACAUUAGGCUUGGUGAGUCCCUCUUGACGAUCACCAGGCAUGUUGUGGUUGCAAAUUGUGGUGUAGAAAAAAAAAAAAUCAGAAUUUUUUAUGUUUGAGGAUCCAUGCUGUCUGAUGUAAACCAGUUCUAAUGUAAAAAAAAAUUCCACAGUUGAAUGAACUGUAACAUGUAGCAUAUCAAACUGAGACACCAGAAAAACAAAUACAUGAUGUUACUUUGGAUGCAUGUACACUCUCAUAGUUUUUGAGUUGAUGACUGCCUCCCCUUUCAUAAGUUAUCAGUGGACUGUGGCAAAUUAAACAUUUUGCAAAGUUUAUGCAUUUUGGGGUUUUUUUUCGGUGGUAGAAGACUCAUGCAGCUGCUUUCAGUUUUUUCACUGUCCAUGGCUGACAAGACCUCAAUUCAGUGCUUAGAAAGACAAUAGAAUUUUGAUUACACUGUGGUUUUGUUACCCUGUUAAAACAAUCCUUAUCUGUUUGAACACCUUUUUAUUUGUGGAGUGGCUGGACUGGUCACACUGACAUAUAAUGCCUCCCACUUUCACUUAUCCUGCACACAAGUCUCAUCUCAAUCUGAAACAAGACUAUUAGUACCUUGUACUGGAUAUUAAAUAGUUCCAGUUGAAUAACCUGAGACACUGAAGUAUGUGUUGUGGAACAUUACUUGAUGGUACAUAUUCACAUCUAAUCCAAAUAAUUCUUCUGUUUUGGAUGACAAUAGUUUGUUUGUUCAUCAUUUUAUCAAAAUUCUAACAAAUUUCCUAGUGCCAGUUUAUUUAAGCACUACAUGUACACACAUUGAUGCUUUUUGGUGUCUCAGUUGUAAGUUUGGUAUGCUGUAUGGUAUGCUUCAUACAACUGUGAAUUUUUUCAUGGAAAUUAGUGUGCAUCCGGCAUCACAGACCCCUCAAUCAUAAGUAGUUCUUAAAUUUUUUUGUAAACCACAAUUUGCAACUACAACAUACCUUGGGGUGGUCCCAAGGAACCCCUUUCCAUAAUAUGAAACCAAACCUUAUCUGUGGUAGGGGCCGAACAAUUUUAUUUUUUUAUUUUUUUAUUUUUUUGAAGAGGUCCAGCUGCCAGUGUAUUAGAUCAUCCACUUGGGCUUCUUGGUUGUUGAGAUAUGCAGUGCAAAAACAUGUAUUUUGGACCGAGUUUUCUGUGACCUUGACUUUUGACCUUCGACCAAACAACUCCAAAAUUUAAUCACCUCUAAACAUCUAUCCAAGUAAUAUUCCCACCAAGUCCAACCAUUUUUACC